AUGGAGAGUUUGGAAACGGAAAACGCUUUUAUUAAAAAGACGAAAAAAGUGGAGUCGAGGAAGAAGACAACAGGCAAUGGGCAGCUGAAUGGAGAUGAAAACCCGUUUGACACUUUGAACAAGUUGAUAUGCGACCACAAAUCACUGUUCGAACAGUACAGGUCAUACACCAAGGACGCCGAUAAGAUCUUUGGCAAAUACAUGCUGAUGGUUGAAGCCUUGAAACAGGAACGCGACACAAAUAAACAGCUUUUACAAUGCGAAAGUACGGAUCCCAUUAUUUCAAAAAAAAAAAGGAAAAUAAGAAACGAGUUGAUGAUUUUGCUGAACAAAGAGACUUGCCUCGUCGAAAGUAUAACAAAAACUCUUGAACAAAUCAACAGAGUUCAGCUGGGCAUAAAUGAAAAAGAAAAAGAUUUGAUGAUCAAGAAAGUUGACUUGAGUAAAUUUUUUGAGGCAGCCAAAAUUCGAUUCACUCGAAUACAAUAUAUCCAGGAUCUCGAACACCACAAGUACCAACGCUCUGUUCAUUACAACUCAUCUAUUGUGGAAAACCAGAAACUGCGUGACAAGAUAGACGAUAUCAAAGUGCUUCGUAAUAAAUACGAAGUGAGUUACAAAAAAGUCUUGAAAGAAAUUGAAAUGAUAAAAUUGAAGAAGAAGAAACUGUUGGAAGAAGCCCAGCAGUCAAUUGAAGAAAAGGAAACCACAGUUACUAUGAUCAACGCUGUUCUCAGUGGCAAUAAGAAAGAGGAAGAUUUGUAUCAACAAAAAAUUGAGAGCAUGAAGCAGAUGAUCAGAUACGAUACAAAAGCCACUGAUUUUCUUGCUAGAAAACUGAACGAACGAAGCGACUUGAGGGCAAUAGGAACUGAACGACAAUUGGAUGAGCUGAAAAAAACAAUGCAAUCUGAGAACAAAAUGCUGUCCCAACAAAAAGAAGCCCUUGAAGCUAUCCAAGAUUUGACGGAAGAGAAAGAAGGAUUCAUGAUGGUUCACACGUACAAUCAAAAGGAGGCGGACAAAAUGGCGCUCUUCAACUAUAUUGCCGACUUGAAUGGAGAACUGACCCAUCUGAAACAAAAGCACAAUUCUCUUUUGAAAGACAUUGAGGAACUGAAAAACGAAGAAAUUGUGGUUGAAGAGAAUUACAAUGUGUUAGCGAAGAAAAAUGAAGAGAAAUAUUUAGAGCUGAUGCGAGAAAUGGAUAAGUGUGACAAAGAAAGUUGUCAAAUCAAUGCUACCAUGGAAAUCAUCAAGCACUUCAUUGAAUGCACGUUUAAGGAGUUGUGCUGCGAUAUGGAUGCUAUUGAAACAAAACUCGGGUUAGAUUUGGACGUAAAUCCAAGAAACAUGACUGAGUUUUUGAGUGAAAUAGAAGUGGAAGUAGCCAGACUGAUACAUUCAUACAAUUACGGCAUGAAACUUAGAUCUCUAUCGAACCGUGAACAUUUGAAGGAUGAAGAAGGUCUUGAUGUAAUCAAACGAACAAUGAGAGCUUAUGAAUCCGUUAUUCCAUACGGGAAUGAAAUGGAAAAUUUUAAAAAUGUGCAAGUGCCAAAUGCCGCAUUAUCCACACCAGCAAAAGAUGGAUGGAAUAUAAUUCAAGAGAAAUCCGUUUCAGACACAAAUAUUUACUUGAGAGCUCUGACGAAAGAAGAGAUUGAGGAAACUGUGAAGAAGGAGAUGGUGCAUAGAAACUUAUCCAUCAAUCACAAGUUAAAGUCGAACAAGUAG